AUGGAUCUGUAUGAGGAUUACAAAUCACCCUUUGAUUUCAAUGCUGGAGUGAACAGAAACUAUCUCUAUCUGUCGCCUAGCAUAAACCUUUCUCCACCUGGAUCACCUACGCUGGCCAAGUCUGGGCUGCUGAGAAGUGACUCUAUACCUGAGGUUGGAGAGGAUGCUGCAGCAACAGCUGGUAUGGCAGAAACACUCUCAGAAGAAGAACAGGAUGAGCUAAAGAAAGAGCUUGCUAAGGUAGAAGAAGAAAUCCAGACACUCUCACAAGUGCUGGCUGCCAAAGAGAAGCACCUAGCAGAAAUCAAGAGGAAGCUGGGAAUUAACUCUUUACAGGAGCUAAGGCAGAACAUUACCAAAAGCUGGCAAGAUGUUACAGCAACCACAGCCUACAAGAAAACAUCAGAAACCCUUUCUCAGGCUGGCCAGAAGGCUUCUGCUGCUUUUUCAUCUGUUGGUUCAGUCAUAACCAAGAAGUUUGAAGAUGUCAGAAAUUCUCCUACUUUCAAAUCCUUUGAGGAAAAAGUUGAAAACUUAAAGGUUCCUUCGGAAAAGAGAGAAUCCUUUGCAUCCAUGUUGAGACGCUCUCCUUUAAUUCAGAUGGGACCUGCCAAAGAUAAAAUUGUCUUUGGUCAAAUAUUCCACAUUGUAGAAGAUGACCUUUAUAUAGAUUUUGGUGGCAAGUUUCACUGCGUGUGCAAAAGACCAGAAGUAGAUGGAAAGUAA